AUGCCAAGCAGGUGUACCUCUUUACCUGUGCAACACCUUGAAACGAGCCGCCAAGACAAACAGACCGAUCCAAUUUCUGCGGGCCACACGACGCAACGGUAAUCCCUCCGUAAUUACGCAACUCGAACUUGUCUUUUUUCGAUCGUCUGUUAAUCCGCUGCUGUUGAUGGAUCAGGUUACGCCAGGGAUGCUCCAUUGAGAAGUUAAUGUGUUCGAUAUCGGAUUGCAGGGAAUGGCAGACAUUUUGAGAAGAACGUAUGUUUAAUAUUGGGUUACAGAGUAUGUUGGUAAUAAGCUGUUUUAUGACUUCUUAAUCUUGCUUGAAAAAGCUUGAAAAAAGCUCGGGGUACGCCAGAAAAUUAAUCAUAUUCGGAUUACUUCUCAAGUCCGGAUUUUUCUAAGGGUCUUCAAAAACCCGAAAAAAAGGACAAGGUUAAUUCUGACCAUAUUUUUUGAGCUUGGUCUGAGCUUAUAGGAUCAAGAACCAUUACCAGAUCUGAAAAAAACUGCACCUAUUGGACUCAAAUCUCUUUCUAGAAUCAUUUAUUUUUUCUUUUUCUUCUCCGGCUGAGCUUUAAGCUUGACUAGCAGCUUGACAAGCACUUCUAGAUCCCCUUAUUCAUCCGUUCAAAAGAACAAGGAAGUAUAAAAAUCGCUGGCUAGGCCGGAAUGGCUUGUUUCUGAUUCCGAAAAAUCUUUCUUCUCUUUCCAUGCUUGCCUGGUUUUUUGUAGACUUUUUAGCUAAGCUCCUUAAGGUCAGAUAUUUACAGCCUUUCGAAAGAUCAGAGUAUUAUAAAAGCCAAUACUUUAUUUUCACUCCUGACCUCAAGCUCUUUUCGCCAGUAUUUUCAAGAGCUCAAACCCUUCGAAUUCCUCCAAAAGCUCAAGCUUUCCCGGCUUGGCUGAAGCUUAUACCGUUCUAUCAAGAACUCUGAGGGAACUUCCAGGUUUCAGAUCUUCUUCUACAUCCUGCUACUUUUCGAGCUAGACCAGCUUCUCCAACAAGCCCUUCUAGCACUCAGAUCUUCUUCAAAAGCCGUCCAAAAGAUCGGAAAAGUAUGAAAACCAUUUCUUUAUAAACUCCUGACUUUGAGCUUACUUUCGAGUGUAUUCAAGAUUUCAAUUCCUUUGAAGUAGUCUUGAAAGAGGUCGAGCUUUUCCGGCUUGGCUUGAGUUCGAACAGUUGUAUCAAGAGCUCUGAAACUGGAUCUUCUCGAUCUCACAAUGUCAGGCUGUUUUUUGAGCAUAUGGUUUUUUUUUUUGAAAAUAUGGUUUUUUGAGCUAGACCAGAUUCUCCAACAAGCCCUUCUAGAGCUCAGACUUUCUACAAGAGCCGUCCAAGCGCUCAAGUUUUUCCGGUUUGGCUGAAGCUUAUACCGUUCUAUCAAGAACUCUGAGGAAACUUACAGAUCUCUGGUCUUUUCUAUAACCUGCUACUUUUUGAGCUUGACCAGCUUCUCCAACAACGUCAUCCUAACUCGUUGGCGGCUAGAAUUGUCAAAAGAUCGACAAAAGUAUAAAAACGGCUGGCUCGGCCGGAGAAGCUUGUUCUCGCCGUCACAUCCGCCAACGAGUUAG